GAUGAUGCAGUAAAAUAGUUAUUCACACGUAUUCGUUGCGUCGUGUUGAAAAUUUCACAAAAGGGAACGUUGAUGGUAUAAAAAAGCACAACAACAAUAACUAAAAACAACAACAACAGCAACCAAACGAACAAAAACAACAUAUCAUAGAAAGAUAAGAAAAAACAAAAAGUGAGACAAAAUGUCAGCCAAAGCUAUUCGUGAAGCCACAGGAAAAGAUAUCCUCAAUCGUUUAUUGGAUAGCAGCUCCGGAGCGGCGAAAUGUCAAUUUGCCACUGUAACUAGUGAGACAAACUGGGAUCAUUUGCGAACAACUCAUCCAUGGUUAGAAACUACUCCAUUAGUUGUAAAGCCAGACCAAUUGAUUAAACGAAGAGGUAAACUUGGAUUAAUUGCUGUAAAUAAAAAAUUUGCCGAAGUCAAAGAAUGGGUCAAUGCUCGCAUGGGAAAAGAUCAAAAAAUUGGCAACGCCGUCGGCAAGCUAAGAACCUUCAUCAUUGAACCAUUCGUUCCGCACAAAGAGGACGAAGAAGCCUAUGUUUGCAUUUAUUCGCACAGAAAUGCUGACACAAUUUUGUUCUACCAUCAAGGUGGUGUUGAUAUCGGUGAUGUUGAUGCCAAAGCAUUGAAAUUGGACGUUCCAGUUGACAAAACUGUGACCGCUGACGAUAUUAAAAAGCAAUUGCUCACCCAUUUGGCAGCUGAUAAAAAAGAACGCGUUGCAAACUUCGUGUAUGCCUUGUACAAGUCAUAUGUUGAUUUAUAUUUCACCUAUUUGGAAAUCAAUCCAUUGGUUGUUACAAAAGAUUCAAUUUAUGUUUUGGAUUUGGCCGCAAAAUUGGACUCAACUGCCGAUUUUAUUUGCCGACCAAAAUGGGGUGAUAUUGAUUAUCCACCACCAUUCGGACGUGAUGCGUAUCCAGAAGAAGCUUACAUUGCCGAUUUAGAUGCAAAGAGUGGUGCAUCAUUGAAAUUAACAAUUUUAAAUCGUAACGGCCGUAUUUGGACAAUGGUUGCCGGUGGCGGUGCUAGUGUUAUCUAUUCGGAUACAAUUUGUGAUUUGGGUGGCGCAUCUGAAUUGGCCAACUAUGGUGAAUACAGUGGCGCACCAUCUGAACAACAAACAUAUGAGUAUGCAAAAACCAUUUUGACAUUGAUGACAUCGUCACCAAAGCAUCCAUUGGGCAAGGUAUUGAUUACUGGUGGUGGUAUUGCCAAUUUCACCAAUGUUGCUGCAACAUUCAAAGGAAUCAUCACUGCACUCCGUGAAUUCCAACCAAAAUUAAAGGAGCACAAUGUAUCAAUCUAUGUACGUCGUGCUGGUCCAAAUUACCAAGAAGGUUUACGCAAAAUGCGUGAAUACGGUAGCACAUUGGGCAUUCCAUUGCACGUUUUUGGACCAGAAACCCAUAUGACAGCCAUUUGCGGUAUGGCACUUGGAAAACGUCAAAUUCCACAAACCACCGGUGGUGAAACUACCACCGCCAAUUUCUUAUUACCAGGUGGUGAACAACAACAAGGUGCAGCAAAAACAACACUCGCUGAAAAUUCAGAUACAAGUGUUGUUAGUCCAAAGAUUCCUAAAUUGACAACAAAUAUUUCUUUAGGAGCUGUUCGUCGUCAAUCGACAGCCACAACUACCGUCGAUUCAAAGAAAUACCAACAAUUAUUUAGCAAAAGCACAAAAGCUAUUGUAUGGGGAAUGCAAACCAGAGCCGUUCAAUCGAUGCUUGACUUCGAUUUUAUUUGCCGCCGUACGGAGCCAUCAGUUGUUGCAAUGGUCUAUCCAUUCACUGGUGAUCACAAACAAAAAUUCUACUGGGGACACAAGGAAAUUUUAAUUCCAGUUUACAAAUUGAUGACUGACGCAAUUAAUAAACACAAAGAAGUCGAUGUUGUUGUUAACUUUGCAUCAUUGCGUUCAGCAUACGAUAGUACAAUGGAAGUGCUUGAUUUUGAACAAAUUCGUUCAAUUGCUAUUAUUGCUGAGGGUAUUCCAGAGAAUUUAACCCGUAAAAUCAUUGUAAAAGCCAAUCAAAAGGGUGUUGCCGUUAUUGGGCCAGCCACCGUUGGUGGUGUGAAGCCAGGUUGCUUCAAAAUCGGAAACACCGGCGGUAUGUUGGACAACAUUCUACACUCAAAACUUUAUCGUCCAGGUAGCGUUGCCUAUGUUUCACGUUCAGGUGGAAUGUCAAACGAAUUGAACAACAUUAUUUCAAAGGCAACCGAUGGUGUAUUUGAGGGUGUUGCAAUUGGUGGUGAUCGUUAUCCAGGCACUACAUUUAUGGAUCACAUUAUGCGCUACCAAAACGAUCCAGAUGCAAAAUUGAUUGUUUUAUUGGGUGAGGUUGGUGGCACCGAAGAAUAUGAAGUCUGCGCCGCUCUUCAAGAUGGUCGAAUCACAAAACCAAUGGUUGCAUGGUGUAUCGGUACAUGCGCAAGUAUGUUUACAUCGGAAGUGCAAUUCGGACAUGCUGGUUCAUGCGCCAAUUCAGAUCGCGAAACUGCCACAGCUAAAAACCGUGGAUUACGUGAAGCUGGCGCAUACGUACCAGACUCCUUCGAUACACUUGGUGAAUUGAUUGCUUCGGUAUACAAUGAAUUGGUUCACACUGGUCAAAUUGUUCCAGUCGAAGAAGUGCCACCACCAACCGUCCCAAUGGAUUACUCAUGGGCACGUGAAUUGGGUUUAAUUCGUAAACCAGCUUCAUUCAUGACAUCAAUUUGUGAUGAACGUGGACAAGAGCUCAUGUAUGCCGGUAUGCCAAUCAGUGAUGUGCUCAACAAAAAUGUUGGCAUCGGUGGUGUCAUUUCAUUGUUGUGGUUCCAACGUGCAUUGCCACCAUAUGUAUGCAAAUUCUUCGAAAUGUGUUUGAUGGUUACAGCCGAUCACGGUCCAGCUGUAUCUGGUGCCCACAAUACAAUUGUUUGUGCACGUGCUGGCAAAGAUUUGGUGUCAUCGGUUGUAAGCGGUUUAUUGACAAUUGGUGAUCGUUUCGGUGGUGCCUUGGAUGGUGCAGCAAAACAAUUCUCCGAAGCAUACGAUUCAAAUCAACAUCCAAUGGACUUUGUUAAUACAAUGCGCAAGAAGGGACAAUUGAUCAUGGGCAUUGGACAUCGUGUUAAAUCAAUCAAUAAUCCAGAUGUUCGUGUUAAAAUCAUCAAAGAAUUUGUUAUGGAAAACUUCCCAGCCAAGCCAUUGCUUGAAUACGCAUUAGAAGUUGAAAAGAUUACAACUAGCAAAAAACCGAAUCUUAUUUUAAAUGUUGAUGGUGUUAUUGCGACAUCAUUUGUUGAUAUGCUAAGAAAUUGCGGUUCAUUCACUAGUGAGGAAGCUCAAGAGUACAUUAACAUUGGCGCAAUCAAUUCGUUGUUCGUAUUGGGUCGCAGUAUCGGUUUCAUUGGUCACUACAUGGAUCAAAAACGGCUUAAACAAGGACUUUACCGACACCCGUGGGACGAUAUCUCAUAUGUUUUGCCAGAACAAUUUAACUAAAUUUGUUGAAAUCAUUUUUAAAUUUCAUUUAAGAUGAGACAAAUUGAAAUGGUUAAUUUCAAGAAUGAAUACAUCUUCGUGAACUGAACAAAAGAAAUGAAAAACAUAUAAUUCUACAACAAUUUUUUUGACCAUUCCCGAUUAUAAUAUUUUAUAUAAAAAUACAAGCCUUUUUUUAUUUUA